AUGUCGAUCGACCCUGUCACUGCCCUAGCGUCGGGCGUCAACUCGUCUAUAAAGAUCCUCGAAGUCACUUACCAAUUGAAGGCUGUGGGCGAGCAGACGACCGACCUCCUCAGAACCACAGAGCACGUCGAUCGAAACGUCAAUGAAGCCCGUCGACUACGGCGCUUGAAGACUGCGCUCAUAAGCAACGAUGAGCGCAUUUGGAUGGAUCGUGUGAUCGAGGAUACCGAGAGAGCCUUGCGUGAGGUUGCGCACCUCAUCGAGCCUGCAAGAGUCGAUGUCAUGACACAAGACAGCGUGAAAUCGUGGAACAGAAUCCUCUGGGUAUUCAGAGACAGUCCAAAAGUCAGGGACAAGCACAACAGGCUGAGCAUCUGCCAUCAGUCUCUCAUGACAGUGGUUGGGGGACUUUACGCGAAAGACGUUGUGGUCAUCACACCUAUGGAAGGAACAAGAAAAGAAGAGCAGCCGCCACCAUACAGCCCAGAGAUGGAAGCGAUCCUGAAUUGGAGGAAGAAGCGAACGAAGAGUCUCGCGAGUGUCAAGAGCAGUGAUGUCACAACCAGCCCGCCUUUCUCAAUACCCUCGUCGCCUACCAUAAGUCAGCACAGCUCGCUCAGUCUAACAGACGUACGGCUGCUGGAGCCUUCUCAAGACACGUUCGCAAAAGAAGCCCUCGAUAUAUAUCAUCAAGCCCGCCUUUCGUUCACAGAACCAGUGCGACCGUCCCCUCUGCCUUAUUCAGCAGCAACUUCAGAUACAGUGCCAACUCUAGGCCAUCAUAUUCCAGAAGCCUCAGCAUUACGAUCGCCAAUGGAACUGGGCAACACCUCUCAUAGCGCGCGAACAUAUCCACAGCCUCACCAACACCCUCUGGCUUCCCAUCCUCCCCAAGUCCCAACCCUCUUCCCGACUCCAUCCGUGCCGGAACUCUCGGCGUCUCCAACGAUAUCCGAGCCUUUCGAUGUAGCGGCUAUGAUGGGUUCCCUGCCUUCUCUCACAAACAGCAGCGUCAACGAGUACCGUGUCAGUGACGCUGAGAUGGAGUCUACAAGAGCGUUGCAAUAUUACGGAGGAUUGGAGGCAUUGGAAGCAAGCCAGGCUACUCGCAGGGCGGAGCUUCCACCACUACCAACAAGCUAUGCUCCAUCAAGGAGAAGAGACCGCAGCUGGCUAGCCUAUACCGUUGCGAGAAGUGACAUUGGGCACUCAACGGGUUGA